GUCUCACGCGCCGGUACCGGUCGCCUUCGAACGCCUCGCGAGUGGAACUUGGCGAGCUUUCACCAGAGAUGUACUUCGAUUUCAACGUUCCAAUACGACCGCCUCCAUCGACUGGUCAAGCACAACAAUCGAAGAAGGCGAAGGGAAAACAAUCACAACAAGCCUCAACCAGCCAACAAGCGCCGAAUGUCGUCUUUCCUCCAGGGCAGCUCGCCUCGAUUGAGAAGCGUAUAGAUCUUCUAGUCCAUAUGGGAUACACGGUUCUCGCUCUCACCCAGACGCUGUACAAGAAGCUGGAUCAGAAGAGUCAUGUCAAUAUUCUGGAUCCACUCCUUGCUCAAAUGCAAAAACGCAAAGGAAUCGUGUUCUUGAAGCGAUUGACGAUUGUCCUAGAUGAAGACAGCGAGAAGGGCUUCGGACUCACGAACGCAAACAUCCCUCUCCUCUCCUCCUACGACAUCCUUGCUCUCACUCCGACGACCAGUACGACCCUCUCGCUCGCUUGCCUCACACAUUCGCAACCCUCGAACCUCACCACGCACAUUAUCUCCCUCCCGCUGACGCUUCCUCGUCUUCCCUAUCACCUAAAGCACACCCUUGUCCGGACGGCGCUGCGUAACGGCGCAGUGUUUGAGAUUUGCUAUGCCGGUGCCCUGGGAGAGAGCAUGGACCUAGACGGGAGCGGGGCGGCUGGAGGGUCCGACGGCGGGGCAGGUGUCAAGAGGAACUGGUGGGCGGGAGCGAGGGAGGUUGCUCGAGUGACGAAGGGAAAGGGGUUCAUUGUGAGCAGCGGCGCGUAUAGCGAAGCGAGCAUGCGGGCGCCUCGAGAUGUCGGCAAUCUGAUCGCGCUCCUGGGAUUGGCUCAAGAUGCGGCGCACGACGCGUCUACCAAAACUUGCAAGUCGCUCGUCCUUCGCGCGCAAACUCGUAAGACGUAUCGGGCAAUCCUAUCGGAGCCGAAGCUCGUUAUCCCAUCUCAAACGACGGUACCUUCAAGCAAGCCCGCGCAGGCGCCAUUAUCGACCGUUCAGGGCAAUACUGCACCCGACACUGCCGAGCCGGAGGAUGUCUCAUUAAGCAGUACAGAUGUUGACGCUCCACCCGCCUCUCGCAAACGCUCGCGCAACGGCGAUGUUCCUCCGCACGCGAUCGAACCGGUACAGGUUCCUGUCACAGCCGGCCUUGAUACAUCGACGGUAACAAAUGCGCAGGCGGCUGAGGACAACGUUCCUGGAGGAGCAGAUGAAGAAGGACGCAACAAAAAGAAACGAAAACAGAAAUGACCAAAUCGCGGGAAGCGAACUGCCCUGAGGAGGAUGGUGGAACUGCAUCUGCGCUUUGAGGACGUGUAUAUUCGCGCGCACAAAGAGUUGCUGAGUCCUGAUUGGGAAACUCGGACCGCAUCUGUCAGCCGUAAAUGUUGUCAAGCCUGAUCCCGGUUCUCCGACCUCAGUGUGUCUCAUAUGUGUGACUUCUUGAACGAGGUGUAGGAAGGAAC